AUGAGAGCAGCUUCUCCGGCGGCGCUCCCCCGAGCUCUGUUCUCCUUCCUCCUCUUGGCGGCGACCCUGAACUUCUGUCUCCAGAGACAGGGAACCUACGGGCAGACUCUCCCCCAGGAGGAAGGUGAGUUAUAACGACGACCACUCUCCUCUGCUCCGCUCCUCCUCGUAAUGGACUCGCCAGAAACUCCUCUCUCUCUCUCUCUCUCUCCGACUCUGUUCUUAGCUCGUCUUCUCAACCUUGGGGGUUGGCGACCAUCGCUCAGCUUUUUUCAUCUUAAAUGGGAAGAAUAUUUUCUCUCUCGGCCCGCAUGGAGUAAGAAAAUUCCCUCAGGAAUCAGAAAAAAUUCCAAACAUAUUCAGAUACGGAACCAUCUUCGACCUCGAUUUCAUAGUAACAUACUAUUCGCAGUAAUCCCGAAUUUAGGAAUUUAUUUAUUCAGUAUAUAAAAAUAUAAUAUUUAUUUAUUUAUUUUCUCUCACCGUUUCCUCUCUCUCUCUCUCUCUCUCGCUAGAUAUAUAUAUAUAUAUAUGUAUGUAUAUAUAUAUAGAUAUAUAUAUAGAUAUAGAUAUAUUCAAGUUCUAACGGCACGCUGAGGGCACUGCGCGGGAACGUACAGUCCAGGCACUCAAGCAGAUCGCUUCAAAGCUGAAGAUUCCGGCGACGCUGUAGAAAUUCGACGUAGAUCCUUGCACUCAGUGGACGAAGGAAGACAGGGACCCCUACGUCCACAAUGUCACCUGCGAGGAAUUCAGCACGAUCACCACGAACGCGACCACAAAGACCACCGUCUGGCAUGUUGUCCGCAUGUAUGCCCCUGCCGCUGUCCCCUCCUGGGUGGCAUUCCCUUUCCUGGUAUUGUCUAUGCCCGGCUGUAGCUGAUUCGUUUUUGUCCGGACGAAAUUGCGCUCAGCGAUAUCAAGGCGGCUAAUCUGACCGGAGUGCUGCCGGAGGAGUUCGGCAGGCUCAGUCACCUAUCCUGGAUGUACGUUCGCCGCCCAAAAUUCUUCUUUUCUCGAUUCUUUCUUUCGAACUUUGAGGAAAAACUGAACAUCUCCGCUCUCAAUUUUCGUAUCCUCUGAAUUGGUGGCACUGAGCAGUGAUCUCUCUCGGAACUACAUCAACGGCUCCAUACCUGCCGCUAAUUGGACUUCCCUUCCUUUGAAAAACUUGUAAAUCACCACUAUUCCGAUCCUUAGUUCCCCGUCAACGGAAGGAUUUUAGGUGGUAGUGGAUCUAACCAAGGGCUUUGUUGCGUACCGUUGCAGAAACCUUCUGGCGAACCGUAUCUCGGGUGCGAUUCCUGAGGAGAUAGGCAGCAUUGGAACGCUUGAAAUACUGUAAUGAUUAUAUAUACUUUUCGUAGGAAUCAUUUUAUGCACCAACCGGUUUUGUACAUUGAUAUUUGAUGUUGAACGACAUGUUUUAUUCCUAUUUCAAUGCUUUACCUGAAGUUUCUUGGAGAGCAACAUGAUGCAAGGGCCUCUUCCUCAUAGCCUUGGGAGUUUGACCAAUUUAAGCAGACUGUAAGACUCUAGUUUAUGGUUUAUUGUUCUACCUACAAUUUCUUCUCUUGUCUUUACGUCAAUCAAAGACGAGAAAAAAUUGUAGUCAGACUGAUUGUACCCUAUGUGACUAGUUAAAGAAAAAAAUUGACAGCGCAUCACGUCAUUUCAGUUUUCUUUCUGGCAACAACUUCUCCGGUGAGCUUCCAGAAACAUUGAGUAACUUGAAGAACUUGAUAGACGUGUACGGUCCCUACUCUUACAUUGUUUGGACUGUUUCAUGGGGUAGAAGGUCCUCUUAGUGCUAAUAAUCAGUGCCGGAGAAUUUUUUUCAGUAGGUUGGACGGGACCGAGAUAUCUGGGAAGAUACCAAGCUUCACUGGGAACUGGACGAAACUAGAAAGACUGUAAGCUCAGCUGUCUUCAUUUAUCUUUUCCCAAAACAGUUUAUCAUUUGAAAGGGAUGCCUUUACUGCACGGCAUUCUCAUGGGCUAUGUAAUACGUUUUCUGAUGUUGCAGUGACAUGCAAGGAACAUUUAUGGAGGGUCCCUUUCCACCGGAAUUGUCGUUUUUGCAGAGUUUAACGGAGUUGUACGCGUGACUUUACACUUUUCCUCCACUCCGGGCAGUUGUCUUGGUUAGUGCACUGUAGUGAUAGUCACUAAGUUGGCUUUCCUUUUGUAGGAGAGUCUCUGACCUGAAAAAUCCAGGCGGCAGUUUCCCUCCCCUUGAGAAAAUGCUAAAUAUGCAACAAUUGUAAGACUACAGAUGAUAUUUAUCCACCCGCAUGAACAGAUAUUUGAUGAUUUAUUGACAGGUUUUCCGUGUGAAAACUACAAGGUUCUCCGAAAUUGCUCGAUAUCUGGCAUCAUCCCGGACUACAUUGGCAAAUUUACUAAACUCCAAUCCCUGUAUUGCGCCUUGAACCCAAAUGUUGCGUAAUCUUUUGAUCGAGUGCAAUCAUGCUCAGAUUUGAAAUUGUUUUGAGAUAUUUUUUUAAAAGCCAUCUUUGAUUGUUUUGAGACAAUCAUAUAUGGCUUCAAAAAAAAUCACAUUUGACCAAGUUUGGCCGAAAACGGAAUUCCAUCAGUUUCAAUGAUGCCUUGAACAAGUGGAGGCAUGGUGCAUCUUUGCACUGGGUUUGAACUUCUGCAUGUGAUAGGCAACUUUAUGUCAUGGUUGAGCAAGGUCUACGAGAACUUCCCUAGAGACCUAUGGAGUACCUCCUAUGUUGUGUGAACCUGCAUUUGAGUAUAAUCUUCUUUUCUGGUCUCUUUAUUUCCCAAUGGAAGUUUAGGCAUCGACCUUGGUUGAGAUAUUUGAUUGAGCUAGCCUUGUCUGAUGAUAGCAUGCACAUCACCAUUGAUGUUGUCAGUGGUGGGUCAAAUCAUAUUUUUGGUCAAUUUCCCUCUUCACCACAGAUUGGCUAAAAAACCUUUAGUAGAGAAAUUUAGACAUCAUAUACCAGCAAAGGAAGUCGACUUAUCAGAGAUACAGAAAAUGAUUCAGAUUUCCGCUUAACUCUGGGGUGCAACGUACUUAAAUAAAUGAGAAUCUGGCCGUUAGUUGUGUAGCGGUAUCAACCUUGAGCAGUAUUCCAUAGUAUCUACUCUGUGAAUAACCCUUAAAAAGCUGGUAAUUUUUAGUAACUUCAAUAUUGAAACCCAUUCGGAUUAUUUUUCAGUUAAUUUCUAUACUCCUUUGCACAUAAAAAUACAAAAAUCGUUGAUGUUAUCUUACUUUGGAUACUUCUUUAUUUACUCUUUUGGACAUAAAAGUACAAAUUUUAUUGACGUCAUCUUUACUUGACACACGUUCCCGCAAUACUGAUUUUCAUGCACUCAUUUUUCUCGCUCUCAUAAUUGUUAGAUUAUAAGAAGCAUUACCUUUUAACUUGAGAAGACCUUGGAAAUCAUAUUGGCUGGUAAUAGGGAGAACAAUUAUUUCGUCCCGAAUUUUCACUUUUUUUUAUUGACUUCUUCUGCAGAGAUCUGAGCUUUAAUAAUUUCACGGGGGAAAUACCAGAAAACUUUGUGAAUCUCAGAUCCUUAGAAACUAUGUAAGUGAUUAUGGUUUCACUUUACUCAAUGAUUCAACUGAAUAAGCGACCGAAAAUCAGGAAACUGGUACCUUUUGCUCUGUAUGGAAUAUUUUCGGGAUAAUUUUAUUAUAUUCCACAUUUGGUGUUGAUUUUGUAUAAUCAGGUACCUUUUAGGCAACAAACUUACUGGAUCAAUACCUGAUUGGAUUAAAAGAACCACAAAGAAUAUGUACGUUUGUCUGCUUGAAAUUGUUUCGCAUUUCUGUCCUAUUAUUUUUUCUUGCGUAUGAAUCAUCAUUAUAAUAUAAUGUUUAAAAUUUCAGAGACAUUUCCUACAAUACAUUCACCAAUCUUUCAUCUGCACCAGCUAACUGUCAGCAAGAAUCACAGUAAGCAUGGCUUUUUUCCGGAAGACCUAUAGAGUUGAAUUCUUUCUUCUGGAAUUAAACGAGGUUUACCUAACUUGCAGGAACUAUGUUGCCAGCUUUUCUUCGACAACAAGUGACUCGUAGGUUUCUGAAAUUGUAAAGUGUAUAUUCUGGGUAGAUCAGGUGUCUAAAGCAUUCACUCUCUCCGUUUGUCCUUUGUAGGAUAGCGUCAUGUUUAAGAAAGGAUCUCCCCUGUGAUGUCAGAGCUAAAAGUACGUAUAAACUUUCCAUGAGACAGCAUUUUUACCUUUUCCGUUUGACUUAUACUUUUACGGGUUUAGAGAAAAAUACCCUUAUGAUUUGAAAGUUUGAAUUUUGAACAUGACGCUUUCUUUAUUUUUUUUCAUUUGGCCUUUUGGAAUUUCUGCAGACUAUAACCUUUUCAUAAAUUGUGGAGGUGAAAGUGUGACUGUUGACGGAAAUGAAUAUGAACCUGACCUUUCAUUGGAAGGCACAUCCAAAUAUUAUCUUUCUAGCAGUGGAAAGUGGGCAUAUAGCAGUACAGGAAAUUUUAUUGGGGGAAGGCAGCAACGAUUUUUAGUAGAAAUGCGUCAACAUUGACAAUGCCUAACGCAGAAUUGUACACUUCUGCUCGUUUGAAUGCUCUCUCUCUCAAAUACUAUGGUCUAUGCUUGCAGCCAGGAAAUUAUAUAGUCAAACUGCACUUUGCUGAAAUAGUUUUUACUUCUGGCCCAACAUUUGCCAGUCUUGGAAGGCGUGUGUUUGACGUAUCAGUCCAGGUGAUUUGGAUUCUUUUGACUUAAGAUCUUGAUGAAUGCCUAUAAAUUAUUCUUGUUCUUUUCUUACAGACAUCUGGGAUGUUCCUUUCAAUUUCUUCCAGAAAAUUAUUUUUGAUUACUUUAUCCCACAAGUUCAUUAUCAUUCAUGAUUUUGUGUGAUGUGUUGAUUCUUAUACAAGCUUUGUUCAUACAUGCGGUUGUCACUGAAGAAAUCACUUUUCAAAUGUGUUUAUUGGUAUUCUGCUAUUCCAUUUUUUAAUUUCAUCUAUAUUUUUUUGUGAGUACCUGUGCAUUAUCAUACAGUUGCUGUCCCCCCCUGUUACUAGUUGUAAAUUGGGUCUGUGUUCUCUAGUGUAGGCUUUUUGUUUAUAUUUUUUUAACCAAGUCUUAUGUUGAUCCAGCUGAUAAAACUUUCCGCAUUGAAACAGGGAAAAAAGGUGUUGAGAGACUUUAACAUUGCGGAAGCAGCCAAUGGGACUGGUAAAGAAGUCAUAAGGAAUUUUAUUGCCCCUGUAGAGGGCGGCACAUUGGAGAUCCAUUUCGUGUGGUCUGGCAAAGGGACGAAUUCCAUUCCAUAUACAGGCGUCUACGGCCCUCUUAUAUCAGCAAUUUCAGUAACACCGAGUACGUACAUGGAGAUGUUUUCUGCUCUCUUUAUCAUCUAAUUGAUCCAUUUUAAUUAUUUUUUUGCAUUGUAGCUUUCACACCUCGUCUGUUCAGGGCCAAAAAGUUUCCGGUUGGCAUUAUUAUUGGAGUUGUUGCUUCAAUUGUGUCAUUGAUUCUGGGGAUUUUUUGUCAUAUAUGGUUUUGCCUGAGAAGCGAAGCCAUUGA